CCCAUAACCGCAUUUGAAUCCAGCCAUCAGUUUGUUUAUUUACAUUCGCAAUGUUUGCUCGGCGCGACUCACUCCACUCACUUGUUUCGAGAUCGAGUUCGAGAUCAAGUUCGAGAAUCUCAAAUAGGAUACGUAUUUUUUUUAUUUAUUUUUUUUUUACGGAGUCGUCGAAUGUCGAGCUUUCGCAGUAAAAAUUGAAUAGCCAGAAGAAUGGAGGCUGAGUCGCCGAAGCGAAACAAAAGGAAACGAGGCGAGCACAAGCCGAUCAAAUUUCGCUGCGACUACCCCUCGACUCCGCUUAGAGUCCUGCAGGCCAGAGGAUGGCGUCAGGUGGACGACUCGAGCUGGGACCUCUGGUGGUGCGAGACCGGCGAGCUGAGGCUGGCUCUGGAGGGCCGUUCGCUACGACCUCAGCAGCGCGUGGCCCACUUCCUCAGUCACUGCGAGCUCACGCGCAAGAACUACCUGUACCGCAACCUGAAGCGCUACAAGAGGUUGCUGCUGAGAGCCGGCAAGAGCCGCGAAGCCGAGCUAUGCGACGCUAUGCCGACGAGCUUCGAACUGCCCAGCGAGUACAGGAUGCUCGUCGAGGAGUACAGGCGCGCGCCUGGCACAACCUGGAUCGUUAAACCCGCUUCCGGGUCUCAGGGCAGAGGCAUAUUUUUGUUUCAGCGACUGAGAGAUCUGAACGAGUGGCGAGCAAAGGAUCAUAGCACGGCUGCAGCUGCCAACAAUAGCUCGGAGACUGAAAACUCAACCGUCAGCCAGGAUACUUACCUCGUUCAAAAGUACAUCGACAACCCCUAUUUACUCGAAGGGCGAAAGUUCGACCUGCGAAUCUACGUGCUGGUGACGUCGUUCCAGCCGCUGAAGGUCUGGUUGGCGCGCGAGGGUUUCGCGCGACUCUCCAGCGAGCAGUUCUCCCUCGAAAGGAUCGACGACAGUCGGGUCCAUCUCACCAACAUGUCGAUCCAGCUGAGACCGAACAGAAAGUGCCUCAGUAGCAGCGAACGUAGAGAUACAGAGGAGGAAAAGGACGAUGCUGAGAAGAGCUUGGGUCUUGGUCGAAAGUGGGCUCUGAACUGCCUCAGGGAGUACCUGACCGAGCGUCACGGCGCUCGAACAGUGAACGAUCUUUUUAAGCGAAUCGCGGGUAUCAUAAUGGCCAGUCUACAGGCAGUCCAGUCCGCGAUAAUCCCUCUGCGCAACUCCUUCGAGCUCUACGGUUACGACGUACUGCUGGACGAGCGUCUGCGUCCCUGGCUGCUCGAGGUGAACGCAUCGCCGUCGUUGAACGCGACGGAUCCAGCGGAUUUCCGACUGAAGUUCGACCUCGUAGACGACGUCCUCAGUGUCCUGGACCUCGAGCGACGACUCACCGGACGAGAGCAGCGCGUGGGUGGACUUGAUCUGCUCUGGAACGAUGCACCUGUCUGGCAGGAAGACGACGACGACGCUGAUGAUGGUAGGAAGAGGCGACGGCUAAACAUAUUUCUUGGGAUCAAAAACGAUCGCGUCGAGCAGCUGAGGGAACUCGCUGCGAAAUUGACUGUUAUUGGCGCGAGAGAGAUUGCACUUUAGUAACACUAUUAUAUUUUUACUCCAACGAAAAUAAUUACAACACACGUGGCAUUAAUGCAAAAAUCAAAGAUGCAAAUUUCACCAUCGAAUAAAGCUUGUCAAUGUUAUCAAGUAAACGUUACUAAAUACACAAAAAAAAAUAAAACGUUAAA